AUGGCUGAGCAUGCAGCGAAUUUUACGUUUACUUAUCAAAACAAACCGAGUAUUUUGGAAGUAAUUGCUCAGAAAUCUCUGCACGAUACGCUCCAUCCAGCUUUACAACGAAUAGCUUUAUUCUUAUCUUCCAAUGUACCCCACAAAUUUGGCUGGCUAAAUAAACAUUUUGAAGAAGUAUUUUUAUUGUUAGAUGGUUUACUCCAAUAUCAUUAUUUGGCAUUUUACGAUGCUUCGUUUUCUGAAAAUUUCUAUGGGUUAAGGAGAAUUUCUCCUGCAGGUGACAGUUUAACCAAAAAGCACAAGGAAUUAUCUCUUAUAUUUUUAGUAAUUAUCCCGUAUUUUAAAAGGAAACUUGAUGAAAAGAUUGCGAUUAUUCGAUUAGAAAAUGCAGAAGGUUCUUUAAGAAAAGAUUUUGAAGGCAAAUUUAAAAAAGCGGUACUAUUCUCUUAUUCUGGUUUGGAAUUAAUUUGGGGUUUGUGUUGCAUUCACAAUUACAUUAGAUACAUGGCGAAUCGAACGGAAUUCCAAACUCCUUUAUAUCAAUUGAUAGAUUGCAAAUUAACAUACAACAUCGAUAUCGAAGACCUUUCUGCGGGAUUUUGGACUUCCUUAUUCAAAGGAGGCUUUAGUGUAUCGCAAUUAAGUUUUGGUUUAGUUAGGAACGCAAUUUCAACUACAUUGGAAGUGGGUGCAUUUUUCUUGCAAUUUUUACAUACGUGGAAUUCACAAAAAAGUAAUUACAACGUAACAGACUUACCUAAUGUUCCACCACCAGACCUCGAUAGCAAAUCAAAGAAAUAUAGAGGAAAGUGUCCACUCUGUUUGAAACAAUGGAUCAAUCCGACGGUUCUGCAAAUAUCAGGCUAUAUAUUUUGUUGGAAAUGUAUCCUGAAACACUUGCACGAACAUCAAAAGUGCCCGAUCACAAAUCUUCCAGCUAAACCACUCGACAUAGUAAGAUUGUACUUGAGUUGA